UGAAAAAACUGCAGCAAGAUGGCUAUUCGCGCCGGUUUUACGUCUGCUGUUCCGUUAUGAAUUACGAUUUCACUCCACGCGGGCACCGUGUUUUCGAACGCACCUCCGUUGACUUCGUGUGUGACGUUUCCUGAUGGGGGCGGAGCGUCCUCCAGCUUCCCAAUUCUAACCAACCCGAUCUCGAUAGCCGUCGCAUUCCGCUGAGUUGCUUCAGUGUGCCUCGGUAGUGCAUUCGGUGCGUUUUUUGGUGUGUGCUUGUGCACAUAGCCACUCACUAACGUACGUGCUUGCACGAGAAUCCAUUUCUCUGUCGUACGUAAUAAGGAACAUUGUACUUAUAAAAAUCAUCGACAAGAAGACAUUUUCCUCGCAAUGCCCUGGGCAUGUUUUUCCGACAUUCAGACAGAAUAGUGGCAUGAGUCGAUUAAUCUAUGGCAGAUCAACAAGAUCAGUUGUCAUCAGGGGGGUCUGUAGAGACGGCCAGUGCUUCAGCAGACACCUCUAAAGUUAGAGGGAAGAGCUCUAGCAGUGGUAGUAGUGGUUAUAGAAAACGACAAAGCACUGGUUCUAUUCCUAUCACAGUAGAAGAAAAAAGACGUAGACAAACUAUUGGUGAUCCACAAUCGUCUGAAGUUUUUGAUAAUACUUCUUGUAAACAUUCAAACGAUUCAAUACAAAGCGAAUCAAGAAGUGAAUGUAAAAGUCAUGGCAGUGGCUUAGAAUCAUAUUUAGAUAAUAAUUGGAGAUCACAACAUAAGAUUCAACAAUCAAAUUAUAAUAUUAGUGGAAAUAGUACAAGACAACGUAGUACUGCAAGAACAAGUCUACCAGAGUUAAACUUAACAGCUGUUGAUUGUGUUGCAUCAAGAACACGUUCUCGUACACCACAAAAUCCACAAGCCAUAACACAGGGACAUAAUAGUUACAAUUUAUCACUAUCCAGUGGUUAUAAUAAUAAAGAGGAUUUGUCAUAUAACAAUUUGGUACCAACAUCAACUACUACACCAGUUACUAGUCAUCCAUCUACAUCAAGAGGAAGAGGCCUGAGGAUGAGCGAAUGUCUGGAAGGAUUUGUGUCUGCUGUCAAAGCACUUUUUCCAAUAUCAACACAAACGUAUCAUCAAGAAGGUUCAAAAUCUCACGGUGGUGCAACCUGCGCAAGUAGCAGUGCGAGUAGUCAAGUUUUAAGUGUGAACGGGGCAGGCACUAGUGGCAUCACUACAGCCACUGCCAAUCCACCUGUGUCUGCCGCCGCCACUGCCAACCCUACACACCCUCAUCCAACGCACAAACAUAUAUUACGUUCUCGCACAAAAUUAUCCAGUGACUAUAAAGAACUAUCAAGUAUUAACAAAACUUCAGGAAAGCAUCAUAAGAAAGAUACUACAGGAACUUGUUCAAGCUCUAGACAUCGUUCUUCGUCACGUGCAAGAAAGGCAGUGAUAGAAGGAAGUUCUGGGGGAAGUGUAAUGUCAGGUACUGAAUCUAUAACUAAUAGUACCACUCCAACAACUGUUUCAUCUACAGUUUCUAGUAAUCAAUUAGUAUCUACAACAGGAGAAGACGAAUUAGCAUCUACAGCUACAUCUGCCACUGCAAGUGGAGGACCAUCUGGAAUGUCUGGUACUACUGGAGAUAGUGAAAGUGAUGAUGGAGAAGUUGGGAGAUUGCAAGCAUUACUUGAAGCUAGAGGUUUACCUCCUCAUGUAUUUGGCGCAUUAGCACCACGAAUGCAACAUUUAUUAAAUAGAAGCAUGGGUGCAAGUUCUGCUGCCAAAGCUCAACAGUUAUUAGCUGGUUUACAAGCUGUUGAUGAUGAGGGGGAACAAUUACAAGCUGUUAUAGGAAUGGGUGAAAUUCUUGUUAUGGGAAAUGAAGAUACAUUAGCUGGUUUUCCUGUAAAACAAGUUGUUGCAGCAUUAAUAAAUUUACUCGGAAUAGAACAUAAUUUUGUAAUAAUGACACACGCAUGUCGUGCUCUUACUUACAUGAUGGAAGCUUUACCUCGAUCAUCGACAGUAGUAGUUGAUGCUGUUCCAGUGUUCUUACAAAAAUUAGAAUCUAUUGAAUGUAUGGAUGUAGCAGAACAAUGUUUAACAGCAUUAGCUAUGCUUUCCCGGAGACAUAGUAAAACCAUUUUACAUGAAGGAGGAGUAUCAGCUUGUUUAAAAUUUGUCGAUUUUUUUAAUAUCACAGCACAACGGGCUGCAUUAACAAUUACAGCAAACUGUUGUCAAAAUCUUCAUCCUGAUGAUUUUCACUUAGUAGCUGACAGUUUACCUUUAUUGACGAGUAGACUGACAAAUCAAGAUAAGAAAAGUGUUGAAUGUGUUUGCCAAGCAUUUAGUCGUUUAGUUGAUAGUUUUCAACACGAUCCGGUAACUUUGCAUAAAAUUAUUAAUGCAGAACUUCUUCAGAAUUUACAACAAUUGCUUAUGAUUACCCCACCUGUUAAUAGCAUUAGUAAUUUCAUAACAGUGUUGCGAAUGCUCUCUGUGAUAUCAAAUCGCUGUCCUGAUUUGGCACAGCUGCUUUUACAACAAAAUAUAGCUUUUACACUAAGUUAUCUUUUAACUGGAUCACUAGAAGUUAAAACAGAAGAUGUAGAAUUAGUACCGCGAUCUCCGCAAGAAUGGUUUGAAAUCACUUGUUUAAUUGAAGAACUUAUGCCUCCAUUACCAACAGAUGGCAUAUUUAGUGUAAAUAGUUUACUUGAAAGGACCAGUAAUCAGCAAGAAAAUGUUCAUUGGGAGUGGCGUGAUGAAAGACAUUGCUGCCAUCCAUUUAGUACUAUUGAUUCUAGAAUCAUUGAGAUGGCAUUUCAAAAUGGUGAGGAUGAGAUCUGUCUUUCUUCUUUAGGUCGAACUUAUACAAUAGAUUUAACUGUGAUGAAACAAAUUAAUGAAGAUAUUGGAUUAGCAAGAAGCAUUUUUCGUAGAGUAAAUGCACAUCCUACAGAAGGAAAAAGUCCUACAUGUUCAUCUAAUAUGGAUGUUGUACCUCCAGUAAUUGAAACAAAUGAAUGGUUAGUAUCGUUUAUUCGAACUCUAUUCUCUGUGUUAUAUGAAGUCUACAGCAGUUCUGCUGGUCCUGCUGUAAAAUGUAAAUGUCUUCGAGCUCUUUUACGUAUGGUUUAUUAUGCCUCAACUGAUUUACUUAAGGAUGUUUUAAAAAAUCAAGUGGUAUCAUCACAUAUAGCGGGUAUGUUGGCAUCCCAAGAUUUACGAAUUGUUAUUGGAGCUCUGCAAAUGGCAAGCAUAUUAAUGAAAAGAUUACCACAAGUAUUUGGAGUUCAUUUUCAUCGUGAGGGCGUUUUGCAUCAAAUACGUCAACUAGCUGAUCCUGAAGUACCUCUUGGUGUUUCACCACCCAAGUGUCCUUCUAGUACUGGUACAUCAUUACCAAGCCCACAACCAGGUCCAUCUAAUACAUCUCUUUGUUCCACCACGAUGUUUUCGUCUAAUAAUGCUACGUCUCCAAUUGCCUCUCCAUCAACGAAUGGUAACAUAUUAUUUGGUACAAUUGCAACAUGUCAGUUGAAAUCAAAUCUUUCUGCGUCAAUGGAAACACAUACUAGAAAUGAAUUAAAUUCUACUGUAGAUGAUGUAACUACACCACAAAGUGCUCAUUUGAGAAUUGGAGAUGUUUUGAAAAGAAAACGACAAAAUAAAAAAGGUCGAUUUUCUAGACUAGGCAGUACUACACCUCAACAAACUCAACAACCUGAAUCUCUAUUUACUGGUUUCGCUCCUAAAAAUAAUCGUUUCUUAGGAAAUCUUAAUCCUGCUAGAUGGGGUCGAAAAUCAUCAUCUUCAAAUUCUGCUAAUGAUAAAAGAGAUACGAGUUCAUCAACAAGUUUGUCAAAACCGCCUAGUAAUUCAAGUCUAACAGGAGGAAAUAGAGAUAAAGCUAAAGCAUGGGUACGUGAACAGGCUGCUCAAUUUUUGGCACGAUAUCAGGAUGAUGCUCCAUGCACGCAUCCUGCAAUGACAGUUCUUUCCAGGCUUACUGCUGCCAUACAACGAUUACAAUCUAAUGAAUUGGAUGAAAUGUUAUCGGCACUUACCGAAUUAAGAGAUAUAGUACUUGAAAGUGAUAUAUCUCCGUUUGAAAUGAAUUAUAGCGGUCUUAUCAAAGCUCUGCUCAACUACCUCACUACUACAGAUGCUCCUGGUAAUCGUUACGAUCGCCUUCGUAUGUUCUGGAAAUUGUUUGCAGAAUCAACUAUGCAUCAGGAUAACAAUAUUACUGAUCUUAAUCCUGGAGCAUUUGGUGCUCUAGUAGCAAAAUUAAACAGUUGUGUUGCACAGUUGGAACAAUUUCCUGUAAAAGUACACGAUUUACCGGCAGGAUCUGGUGCUGGUCGUGGAGGCACUAGUGCUCUUAAAUUUUUCAAUACACAUCAACUCAAGUGUAAUCUUCAACGACAUCCAGAUUGUAAUAAUUUAAAACAAUGGAAAGGGGGUACUGUUAAAAUAGAUCCUCUUGCAUUAGUGCAAGCAAUUGAACGUUAUUUAAUGGUUCGUGGGUAUGGUAGAAUACGAGAAGCAGAAUCUAUGGUUAGUGACGAUGAUAAUAGUGAAGAUGAUAUAGAUGAUACAUUGGCAGCAGUAGUUAUAAGUCAAGGGUCAGCAAAACAUAAACUUCAAUUUUUAAUUGGAGAUGAAGUACUGCCUUUUAAUAUGACUGUUUAUCAAGCUGUAAGACAAUUUGGUUGUACUGGAAUGGAUCAUUCAGAAGCAGAAGCUGAUGGUGAACCACCACUUGGUCAUGAUGCCGUAUGGGUACAAACUCACACAAUUUAUUACAGACCUGUACCAGAAGAAGAAACUAUAACAUCACCAAAACCAGGAUCAAGUUCACAAAGUAGUAGUCGCAAAGGCAAAGGAAAAAGUACAAAGAUCAGUUCAAAACGAAAAGAAGAUAGUUUGUGGCUUGAAGGAACAGUUCCUCCGCAACGUUGUCCACUUGAUCCUUAUCUGUCACCUACCUUGCCAUCUUCGGUUACUAUUACUGAUGCCUCAUUGGAUGGUUUAUGUUUACUACGUCUAUUACAUGCUUUAAAUCGUCAUUGGGGUGUUUUAUUUCCUCAUUUGAAAGGUUUAAGUUUACUUUCUCCACAAGAUUUUAUUAAUAAUAAAAUAGCCGCAAAAGCAAGUCGGCAGCUACAAGAUCCUUUAGUGAUUAUGACUGGAAACUUACCUCUAUGGUUACAACAAAUUGCUACAGUAUGUCCAUUCUUAUUUCCAUUUGAAACGAGACAAUUAUUACUCUAUGCAACAUCGUUUGAUAGAGAUAGAGCUUUACAACGUCUCUUAGAUUCCGCUCCAGAAUUAUCGGGAUCGGAUAGCCAAGAACGCGUUACUCCACGUUUAGAACGAAGAAAAAGAACCAUUUCCAGAACGGAUAUUCUCAAACAAGCAGAAUUAGUUAUACAAGAUUUAGCGUCUAGCAAAGCCUUACUUGAAGUGCAAUAUGUUAAUGAGGUUGGUACUGGUUUAGGUCCAACAUUGGAAUUUUAUGCUCUAGUCUCUCAGGAAUUACAGCGUGCUGAUCUUGAUCUUUGGCAUGGUAGUUCAAGUCCUACUGAGGCAGGAUAUGUUAAUGCUCCUCAAGGACUUUUUCCAAUGCCAAUUUCAUGGAGUACUAAAGUAUCCCAUCUUGCAAAACUUAAAACAAAAUUUAAGUUUCUUGGAAAGUUUAUGGCGAAAGCGAUAUAUGAUUCUAGAAUGUUGGAUUUACCAUUCAGUUUAACUUUUUAUCGUUGGUUAUUGGGAGAAGAACAUAUGCUAACAUUAGCUGAUUUAGCACAUGUUUGUCCUGAUGUACAUCGAACUCUUACUAGAUUACAGCAAGUUAUUAGACAAAAGGAAACAAUCGAGAAAGAUCAAAUAUUAAGACCACAUGAAAAAGCACAACUAAUAGAGUCACUAAAUUUAGAUGGAUGUCUAAUUUCCGAUCUUGGCCUUGUUUUCGAAUUACCGGGUUAUGAAAAUAUCGAAUUAAGGAAAGGCGGAAGUGAAAUACCUGUUACUACUUAUAACCUAGAUCAAUACAUCAAGUUGGUUGUACAUUGGUUCUUAUAUGAAGGUGUCUUCAGACAAAUGGAAGCAUUUAGGGAAGGAUUUGAAUCUGUUUUCCCACCAUCACAAUUAAGAUUAUUCUUUCCUGAAGAACUGGAAGCUGUGUUUUGUGGACAUGCACAAUCAGGUGGACAAUGGGAUGUGAAAACACUUUCGGAAUGCUGUAGGACUGAUCAUGGUUAUACACCAGAUUCUCGUGCUAUUCGUUUUCUAUUUGAAGUUAUGUCAAAAUAUAAUAGUGAAGAACAAAGGCAGUUCGUUCAGUUUGUUACAGGUUCACCUCGAUUACCAGUUGGAGGUUUCAAGAGUUUAACACCGCCGUUAACAAUAGUGCGCAAAACGUUCGAUCCAUCUAUGAAAACAGACGAUUUCUUACCAUCCGUAAUGACUUGUGUUAAUUACUUAAAACUGCCUGAUUAUACAACAUUAGAAAUAAUGCGGGAAAAGUUGCGAAUAGCUGCACAAGAAGGACAACAUUCGUUCCACCUUUCCUAGAAACGGAUGGAAAACCGGCGCGCCAUUUGCUCUUUUGCUAUCGUAUUGUCCAGGUUGAAAAAAUUCUUCAAACACCAUUUAAAAUAUUUAAAAAAGUAACUGCGCGCGUGUUUUCUUCAACUCUCAGUAAUCGUAUAUUUGCACUUUAUAUGAGCUUUUUCGAAAAUAUCUUUUUCUUGAUUUUAGUGAGAAUUCAUUUAAAUAAAUUUUAAUUUGAUGUUUAUCUUUUUACUUAUAAAUACGGAUUGUGAUAUAUUUUCUCAAAAAAGUGCAAAAAUGACAUUAGCUCUACUAUGAGUUUCCUCUUGUGGUAUUAUGAACCAGGUAGAAUGGGAGCAGCCUUGUUCUAGGAAACUUAUCUUUGAUGUGUUACAAUAAUUAAUAAAAGUUGUAAAUAUAGUUUAAUAUGCGCAAGUCUAUAUAAAUACUUUAUAUAAUAGUAACAAAAAAAAAUGAUAUUGCUACGAAACUCUAUACUAAUUAAAUAUAAUUUAGUCUGAGAGGAUGUUUAUUAGACAUAAGUAAAUUUUAUAUCAGUGGUGCAUUUAGCAUCGCCAUAAAUCGCCAAUUUCAUGCCUCAUUGCAGAUUGUAAUGAAAUCACAAGUCAAAAUCGAUGAAAAAAGAAAAAAAAUUCGCGCUAAUAACGUAGCUCAUGUUUCAUCAUCAUAAAAAUAUAAUAACUGCGAAUAUAAUUGCGUGUUUACGAUUAUCGUUUUAAUUUCUUAAUCGAUCUCUUUUGUUCGCUGCUUAGUUCUCAGUCAUGCGAGCACUGCGCGAAUUAACGUGCAAAACUCUUAUAUUUAAGUUUAUUCAAUGUAUCACUAAUUAAACUUAUUUGAUAUUUUUAUUCUAGGUAAGAUAGUCCAAUUAAUACUUUACUUAGCUGUAUAAGAAAGCAGCCAACAUCAUCAGGUCAAGUCAUCAUAAUGAUACAUGAAUCGAAGAAAAUUCUUAUAUCCACUUAUUUACAGGCAAAGUAUCUAUUUAUGAAACAUGUACGACAACUGUAUAAUACGAAAUAGAAUGGAUAUAAAAAUCAGCGAAGCUGGUGUAUCAAAUGGAUUAUACAAGGUACAUUACUUUCUUAUAUUUCUGUAGAAAUGUGAUUCUAUACAAAAAUUAUGAAAAUAUGAAUUGAUCACAAAUAGAAAAGAAAAUAAUUGACUAUUUGUUUUACAUUUAUAUUGUGUAUUAUUACUUGAAAUGAUCAAUAUAUACAUACAUCACUUUUGAUUUUUAUUUUUAUAUAUAUGGAACUUAAUUGAUAAAUUAGCAAUUAAAUUAAUUGGUAUUAAAUCAUUAUUUCUCGUUUUAAUUUUUAAAAUAAAAUUAAUAAGAUUACUUCAAAACUUUGUUCCAUCCUUGAAAUAUUUUUUUUAGCAUUAUACAAAAUUUCUUUUCUGACAAUCUACGAUAUUCUUAUACUUCAUAAUUUUUAUGUAUUCUAUGAUAAAACAUAAAACAUGUUGUAUUUUUGCAUUACAUUUCUAAUAACGAAUAACAAUAAUGAAUAGUUGAUAAUAUAUACAUAAUGUAGAAGAAAAAUCAUUCUACACUAUGAAGUAUGCAAUUAGAAAUACAAUAUAAUGUAUAAUAGUUUAGGAUUAUUUAAACUUAUAUCAGUAAUAUUACAAAUUUAUGUUUACAUCAAUUCAUUAGUAUAAAUGAGUUUUACUUUUAUUUAGAUCAUAUUAUAUUUCUUUAGCAGUUUUCAAUAAAUGAAAAUACAAAUGUUGCCUGCCAACAAAA